AUGGGAAGUUUGCCCAGCAGGAGCAAGCAGCUUGUCGUUCAGCCCAGCCCAGCUGCUGCCAUGCAGGCCACUGCCCCAGUGCAGACAGGUCUGAACAGCUACGUGGCAGUUGCCUUGUGCUCUUUCCCCGCGGGUGGGGAGGCAGAGACCGUCCUGCGACCAGGCGAGCAGCUGAACGUCCUAUCUGAGGAUGGGGAAUGGUGGAACGUGGUGUCGCUAGCCACCGGCAAGAAGUGUUCGGUCCCCAGCAGCCACGUGGCGAAGGUGUGGCACAGGUGGCUGUACGAGGGCGUUAGCCGGGAGAAAGCCGAGGAGCUGCUGCUUCUGCCGUGCAACCGCAGCGGUUCCUUCCUGAUCCGAGAGAGCCAGACCAGGCAAGGCUGCUACUCCUUGUCGGUCAGGCGCACCAACCACUCCUCCUGGGACUCCAUCAAACACUAUCGCAUCAACCGCCUGGAGAACGGCUGGCUCUACAUCGCCCCACGCCUCACCUUCCCCAGCCUGCAGGAGCUGGUGGACUAUUACUCCGAAAUCGGGGAUGGGUUGUGCUGCCUCCUCAAGGAGCCGUGCUUCAUCCAAGGAGCAGUUCGAGUCCCAGCCCAGAACCUGGCCCCGCCUGUGGUCGUCAAGAAAUCGGCUCUCAACUGGCAGGAGCUCGACAGCUCGGCCCUGUUUUCGGAGGCUCCACCCCCAGAAGGGGAGUCCCCUGUCAGCCUGGGCCUGCGGGAAGCCAUCAGCUCCUACCUCUUUCUGACGGAAGAGCUGCCGCCGGAGAAGGGCGAGAAGGGCAGUCUGUGGAAGAGCGCCUGA